AUGGCGUGUGACGUCACUGUGUUUGGUCGCGUUUGCCAACUGUCUGCUCUGUGUGUGAGUGCCAGUCAGUAAGCCAGUCUUUCCUUUUCACUUAAUUGAACUAUGGUCUGAAGAGGAAACCAUGAAUCUACGAGGCGUUUUUCAAGAUUUCAAUCCUAGUAAGUUCCUGAUCUACGCGUGUCUUCUGCUCUUCUCUGUGCUGCUGUCGCUGAGGUUGGAUGGCAUCAUCCAGUGGAGCUACUGGGCUGUGUUUGCGCCCAUCUGGCUCUGGAAACUCAUGGUCAUCAUAGGGGCUUCCGUGGGCACUGGAGUCUGGGCUCACAACCCACAGUACAGGGCCGAGGGGGAGACCUGCGUGGAGUUUAAGGCCAUGCUGAUUGCUGUGGGGAUCCACCUGCUCCUGCUCACCUUCGAGGUGCUGGUGUGUAACGGCGUGGAACACAGUGUACGCUACUGGCUCUUGGUCUUCAUGCCGCUCUUCUUCGUCUCGCCCAUCUCAGUGGCGGCGUGUGUGUGGGGAUUCAGGCACGACCGCUCGCUUGAGCUGGAGAUUCUGUGCUCUGUAAAUAUUCUUCAGUUCAUCUUCAUAGCUUUGAGACUGGAUGAGAUCAUCAAAUGGCCGUGGUUGGUGGUGUGCGUUCCGCUGUGGAUUCUCAUGUCCUUCCUGUGUCUGGUGGUGCUCUAUUACAUCGUCUGGUCUGUGCUCUUCCUGCGCUCCAUGGAUGUCAUUGCCGAGCAGCGCCGUACACACAUCACCAUGGCAAUCAGCUGGAUGACCAUAGUUGUGCCCCUGCUUACCUUUGAGAUUCUUCUCGUUCACAAGCUGGAUGGCCAUUAUAACUCCAACUACGUCCCGGUGUUUGUUCCUCUCUGGGUUUCUUUGCUGACUCUAAUGGUGACCACGUUUGGCCAAAAAGGGGGAAAUCACUGGUGGUUUGGCAUUCGCAAAGACUUCUGCCAGUUUCUCCUUGAACUCUUCCCCUUCCUGAGGGAAUAUGGCAACAUAUCCUACGACUUGCACCAUGAGGACUCCGAGGUGUCCGAGGAAUUGCCCAUCCACGAGGUGCCUAAGAUCCCUCCCAUGUUUCGUAAGAAGACGGGCGUAGUGAUUACCCAAAGUCCUGGCAAGUACUUUGUGCCUCCACCCAAACUUUGCAUCGACAUGCCAGACUAAUCUUCAAAACUCUGUCCCGGUUUGGCUGUUCAUGAACAUUAUAGCACUAUGCACUGGGGUCCGCUUCAGGACUCGCCAUUAAAGAAGACAAAUACAAUCCCACUACAAAGAUGCUUCUUCUGAGGCUCUCCAGGAGAGACCCUUGUGUUUGAGCCAAGCUCAGAUACCGGCUCCUAAACCAUUUUGUAUAAUCUGUAAAAUCCAACUGCAUAGAUGGGACCUGUUGCCUUCAGGAAAGAUUCAUUUGAAACUUUCCUGACAACUCAGUCAAAAGACUCGCCAAGAGAUUGUCUAAUCUGUAAAUAAGCCAAGUGUUUUGUUUUUUUACCUUCUUUUCUGUGUUUUAAAUCCACACAUAUGAUGUAGGCUUUCAGUUAUUCAUCCGUCUGUCUUUGCUAACAUCUGCAAGAUUUUUCUCUGCACAAUCCUGGGAAUUCAUACAUGACAGUUCCUCAUUUUUGUGGUGGUGGAAGAAAGGCAUUGGUGUAAAAAAAGCUUCAUUCACAUGAAUCUGAAAUGGAUGUCUUCAUCUGAUAUGUGACAGAGGCUAGCCAAUGAAAAUGUUUUCAAUGCAGCUGUUGCUUCUCAAGCUUCUGGACUAUCACAAUUACACUCAAAUGUGAUCGCAAGAGUGUAAAAUUUAAAGUAGAUAAUCUUUAUUGAAAAUAUAGUCAGUACCUAACAGAACCUGUUCUUAUUGUAUGUUCCCUGUCAUUUCAGUUCAUUGAGUUGUACAGUAACCUUUCAAUCCCUCUUUUAAUUGCUAUUUAAGUGUUGACCAGUUGCAGUAUGUUUCCAAUCUGUCAUGCAAGACUAUAUGAAUUCUCCUCGUGUUCAUUGGCUAGCAGACAAGUACUUAAGUCACUUUCUCAGCUGGUCUGAGUGAAAUGCCAUAGAAAUGUUUAGUUUUUUUUGUAGACGUGGACCAAUUUCACGGUUUUAACGCUGUUCCCCACUGUACACUUCUACCGCUCUUGACGUUCAUUGUGUCCAUUCCUUUGUAAAGGCUAGACAUACCGUAGCUCUCGACAGUGCCUCACAUUAAAAUCAUACUGUUUAUCUUGCAAA